GGGAACUACCGAGGCGAAGGUACGGGUGGUAGCGAGAGGUCAAUUCUCUCCAAACGUGAGGUUGGCGGUGAGGCCGGCGGCGGUAGUUGGGGUUGGGUGGGAGGAGAUCCUUUCGCACACACGAGGAAGGUUGAGCCGCUGUCGACCUGGUCGCGAGUGUACAGUCCGGACUGUAGCUGCUGCCCAGGACGCCGGCGAGUGAGUCGUUGGCUGCCAGCUCCCCAGUCUUGCCGUCCUCCCCGGGUCAGCGCGGCCUGCUCCUCCCCGGUCGGCCGCCCCCGCCUCCAUUUCCCGCCCUCUCUUCACCACACACACGGCCCCCCCGAUCAUGGAUCCCAGCAGCGGCGGUGGCGGCGGAGGCGGCGGCGGCGGGAGCAGCAGCAGCAGCGACUCUGCGCCCGACUGCUGGGACCAGACGGAUAUGGAGGCCCCCGGGCCGGGGCCUUGCGGCGGCGGCGGCGGCUCCAUGGCCGCGGUGGCCGAGGCCCAGCGUGAGAACCUCAGCGCGGCUUUCAGCCGGCAACUCAACGUCAACGCCAAGCCCUUCGUCCCCAACGUCCACGCCGCCGAAUUCGUGCCGUCUUUCCUGCGGGGCCCGGCCCAGCCGCCGCUCUCCCCAGCUGGCGCGGCCGGCGGCGACCACGGAGCAGGCAGCGGCGCGGGAGGCCCUUCGGAACCUGUGGAGCCCUCUCAAGAACAGUCGUGUGAAGGUUCAAAUUCUACUGUUAGCAUGGAACUUUCAGAACCUGUUGUAGAAAAUGGAGAGACAGAAAUGUCCCCAGAAGAAUCAUGGGAGCAUAAAGAAGAAAUAAGUGAAGUGGAGCCAGGGAGUGGUUCCUCAGGAGAUGGAAGGCCACCAGAGGAAAGUACCCAAGAAAUGAUGGAGGAGGAGGAAGAAAUACCAAAACCUAAGUCAGUGGUGGCACCACCAGGCGCUCCUAAAAAAGAACAUGUAAAUGUAGUAUUCAUCGGACAUGUUGAUGCAGGCAAGUCAACCAUUGGAGGACAAAUAAUGUAUUUGACUGGAAUGGUCGACAAAAGGACACUUGAGAAGUAUGAACGAGAAGCUAAAGAAAAAAACAGAGAAACUUGGUACUUGUCCUGGGCCUUAGACACAAAUCAGGAAGAACGCGACAAGGGUAAAACAGUAGAGGUGGGUCGUGCCUAUUUUGAAACGGAAAAGAAGCAUUUUACAAUUCUAGAUGCUCCUGGCCAUAAGAGUUUUGUUCCAAAUAUGAUUGGUGGUGCCUCUCAAGCUGACUUGGCUGUACUGGUAAUCUCAGCCAGGAAAGGAGAGUUUGAAACUGGAUUUGAAAAAGGAGGACAGACAAGAGAACAUGCAAUGUUGGCAAAGACAGCAGGAGUCAAACACUUAAUUGUGCUAAUUAAUAAGAUGGAUGAUCCGACGGUCAACUGGAGCAGCGAGAGAUAUGAAGAAUGUAAAGAGAAGCUAGUACCAUUUUUGAAAAAAGUUGGCUUCAAUCCCAAAAAGGACAUUCAUUUUAUGCCCUGCUCAGGACUGACAGGAGCAAAUCUUAAGGAGCAAUCAGAUUUCUGUCCUUGGUACAUUGGCUUACCAUUUAUUCCAUAUCUGGAUAAUUUGCCAAACUUCAAUAGAUCAAUUGAUGGACCAAUCAGGCUGCCAAUUGUUGAUAAGUACAAGGAUAUGGGGACUGUGGUCCUGGGAAAGCUGGAAUCUGGAUCUAUUUGUAAAGGCCAGCAGCUUGUAAUGAUGCCAAAUAAGCACAACGUGGAAGUUCUCGGAAUACUUUCUGAUGAUGUAGAAACAGACUCUGUAGCUCCAGGUGAAAACCUCAAAAUCAGACUGAAAGGAAUUGAAGAGGAAGAGAUUCUUCCAGGGUUCAUCCUUUGUGAUCUUAAUAAUCUUUGCCAUUCUGGACGCACAUUUGAUGCCCAGAUAGUGAUUAUAGAGCACAAGUCCAUCAUCUGCCCAGGGUAUAAUGCGGUGCUGCAUAUUCAUACCUGUAUCGAAGAAGUCGAAAUAACAGCCUUAAUCUGCUUGGUAGACAAGAAAUCAGGAGAGAAAAGUAAGACUCGACCCCGUUUUGUAAAACAAGAUCAAGUAUGCAUUGCGCGUUUAAGGACAGCAGGAACCAUCUGCCUGGAGACCUUUAAGGACUUCCCUCAGAUGGGACGUUUUACCUUAAGAGAUGAGGGUAAGACCAUUGCAAUUGGAAAAGUUCUAAAACUGGUUCCAGAGAAAGACUAAGCAUUUCCUUGAUGACCCUGCACAAUACCGUGAGGAGAAUUGACUGCAAGAGCCUACUUCACACCGCCUUCUCUUACUUUCUGCCCAUUGACAAACCUCUCCCCAUACUUUGCAAAGAAAGGUCACAGCAAACGCCCACAUUAUGUCAGCUUUCUCAUAUUGAGAGCUCUGCUAUGCCACUGUUGAAUUUUCCCAAGAUUUUGCCCCCCUUGCAAACUUCACUUCCUUGGACAGAUUUGGCAAUAGCUUUGUAAGUGAUGUGGACAUAAUUGCCUACAAAAAUGAAAACCUACAGGAAUUUUAUUUUUCAUUUUCCUCUUAGCAUAGUUAGUCUUUCCCCCCAGGCAGAUGAUUCUGGGUGUGCGAGUUUGUCUGCAAGUGUUAAAAAGACAACUACCAUGUUAAUAAAAUAUUCAAUUUGAACCCUUUCGGUAUUUGAAUUGCUUUUGAAUACUGUUUUUUAUCUUAAUGUAACAUUGUUGCAUUAGCUUUUUAACUGCCAAGUAAUUGAAUACAUUUUAUUACUUGGAUUUUUCUAAACUUUCCCUUCCCACUCACUUUAAAUGGAGCAUUUACAAACACUGCUCAAGUUUGUAUUAAAGGAAGGAUUUUGCUUGAGCCCUUAUAUUGAUGGUUAAUGUAUACAUAAGCACCUUUAUACAACUUUUAACACUGCUUUCCUAACUAGGUCUAUUAUUUCCUGCCAAUUAGUAUGAUUUCUUAAAGACAGUAAGUUGUUUGCAAAUUAAAAAAAACAGCAUUACUGUCAACUUUGUAAGUAAAGCUUAAUGAAACUAUGUCCCUACAGACAGCUCCAUUAGCUUGUUACAUUAGUGGAAUUCAGAGUAAAGCAUGUGAAACUGGCAAACCCUUGGAUUUCUCUAAGAGCUGCAUGCAUCUAGUAUGAAACCCUGUCAGUUCCACAGGUUGCCCACAUUGUCAGUAACGUGAAAGGAUGAAGAGCCUCACUGCUUCGUGCCAUUUCUCAAUCCAAAGACUAAACAUUUUAGUCAUCACAAACUGUACACUAACAUAAACAGGAAUAAAUAGAAUCAAGCACAGAAUAGGUUUUGUUUCAGUUAUUUCUUAACUAUAAGCUGGAAUUUGGUAACCAUGAUUUGGAGGAACCACAGUGCAGCAUUGUGGUGUGGUUUCAGCUCAAAGUGUGACUUUCUACUACAGCUAUCAUGCCUGAAUGUUUCAUGAGAAUGAAUGGGAAAUGGAAGAGGUUUGUCAGAAGUUUCCUUUGUGUAGAAUGUGCUUCCAUUUGUGAGAAUGGCCUCUUUUCCGUUAUGAUUCCUAAGAUACGUUCCAAUGAUAUGCUUAAUGGUAUGGCCCAUCCCUGUAAUCUUCUUCGCAGAAAAGAAAAGCCAACUGUAUUUCCAGUCACAAACCAAACAAAAUACAAUGGAAUGCCAGUGGCUAAGAUGAAUGAGUUGGUGUCUUAAGGACAGGGCUAAGGUAGUGCCUACAGUUCUUUGAACUACACAUAUGGCUAUUAAAUUGCAUGAAAUUCAAAUUUUAUGAUGUCUGCAAAUAUCUGGGCUUUUUAUUUUCUGUGAUCUAUGGAAGCUCUAAUGAGAACAAAAUCCUUCAUGUAUUGCCAUGCUAAUAAGGAAAAAUAUUAGCAAAUGCUUGAGUCUUAAUUAUUUCCAAAGAUUUCCCUUUUGAAACAAGUUCUGUCUGCUGUUAAAACACUUAGACUCUUAAGAAUGUUGUGUGUAUGGUGCCAAAGUUCUUAAGUCAUAGGACUUGGCCAGCACCUGUGAAAGGCCUACCUCUACAGGGUAAUAGAAGGAUGAAGGUAAUUCUAAAAAGGUUUCAUUGGAAUUAUCACAUCAACAGGAUUAGUCAACAUUUUAGGGACUUUGAAGUUUGAAAGAGUAUGUAUCAUCAUUUCGACCCAUCCAUUUUAAAGUAAAUGGUUAUAUAUCAAAUUGUCAUUUCAAUAAGGAGAUAAUGUCUAAAGUAAACAUAAAACGUGUGUAGAUGUUGGAUUUUUAUAGAGCAGUACAUUUUUGUGCUAUCAUUCUGUCUUCUACAAGUUUAAACUGUAUGUGGUUGACAAUGCAAAAGGAUAAUACAUUCUGGAUUCUAAAGAUCUUAUGCUUUUCAGCUAUACCCUUUUUUCAUUUCAACCCUUUUUCAUAGGCAUGUAGCAUCAUGAUUUGGUUUGCCCCAUUUUACAUUAAUGAUCAUAUGACUUUUAUGCUAAGUUAUUUAAUCUUUCAAGUAAAUAUAUUGAAUUUUAAGAGAUGGUAUUUAACAACAUUGUAGUUGUUGUCCUUUUCUUACUGUGGAAGAGGAAAUGCAGCAUUUUGUUGUUAAUAAUUUGCUAUCCAGUGGGGAGUGAGGGGGUAUAUAAAACCAAACCAUCAGAAGUUGAACUGAGUGUAUAUUGCCUGAAAUUUAAUGACAAAGCAACUUGUUUAUAAAUGAUUAAACACAUUUUCUUCUUGUUUUUAAUUAUUGAAAUAUAUGGUGAUUGCGUGUAAAAAACUAUAAACUGAUGUCAAGCUAUUCUCUGUAACAAGAUAAUUCAUUUCUGAAACCACUAGAUCUACUUUUACAAUGUGGGACUUUGAAAGUUUGGUUGGACAGUUCCUGUCAACAGUUGAAGUACUGCAACUGCUUGCAACCAGAUGCAGUUUUACAACUUAGGGAUCCAUGAUGAAUCAUUUGGGAAAAAAAGUCACUCAAACUCUUUGGCAAUCUCCAGAAAUCCUAGUAAUUCCUUCAUGAUCUUGGAUGACUGUUUACACGUGACAGCACUCUAGCACCUUUGCUCACUGGCAUGGACUUGCUCACUGCUGCUUCACUCAAUGAUGACUUCAUUGCUUUGGGUAGAGAUUUAGGUAGUCAAGGGACAAAGCUGUAGCUUUUAAUGUUAGGCAACUUCCAACUUUUAGAUCACUUGUGAAAAUUCCAGUUACAGUACUAUAACUGGCUGUAGAAUGAUUAGAUGUUAUAUUCAUUGUUUGCCUACCUUAUUAGAAUAAACUGUUCAAUUAAUCCUCUCACAGACCUAUAUGUAAAUUAGAUAGAUAGCAGUCAACUGUAUUUUGGGGAUUAUCUCCAAAUACUGUAUUUAUUUCUUUCAGUGAUUGUAACAGAUGCCAUCUAAUUAUUCAUGAUCAUGUUUCUUAAGAGAUCUUGCCAUGGCAGCAACUUGGUUAAAUAAGUAUAAUUACAUAUGCACAAUUCAUAACUUAAUAGGUUUAAAUUUAGCAAUUGAUUAGAUUUUGUAGUAUGCGGAAUAGAAAGUGUUAUUUUCUAGCAGCAAUUUAAUCGAUUGUAUUUGAACCAAUUUAUUGCCAGAAUUCAGAUAGGGUAGAUUUGAUACUUGAUGGUUUUUAUUCUAGGAUAUUCUUAACUUUUAGAAUCCUAGAACAUCAUUAAUGAGUCUUCCCUUCAAUAAAUAUACUUCUUACAUACCUCUAAUCCUAUGCUUCCUUGAAACAAUAAUAUGCCGGCCAGGUUGUUAUGAGGGCGUGGAGGUACUGGGAGGGGUAAAUACUGAAAGCUUGAUCUCCGGUGGAAGGGAAAAAUAAAUAGGCACUAAGCCUGCACAGGCAGAAAACACGGAUUUCCUAAGUAGCCCAAAACAGUAUUGCUUUCUCUGCCUUUUCACAUAUGCCACUGUGCCCUUUAAAUCUUGACCUGGAAACCUCAGGUUUGUGGACUGGGCAGGUGAGUGGCAUUUUGUGCUUCCUGAAGCUCCCCUUUGCUAGGUACAUUAGCUUAGUGCUUCAGAUGUCAACCUGAGGCCUUGCUACCUCCAUUUGCUGCCCAGGGAAAAGUUUGUGCUGGAGCUGGGUGGAACUCUGGCCCUCCUCACGUGAUGGUCUGAGUCUGCAUUUUAAGGGCCAUGAUCCCAGAAAUGUACACACUUAACUAGUUUUAAAGGAGAACUGUGCAUCUCUCUGGCCAGGAUUUAGUGACUGAUAUUUACUUACCUGGUUAAUACCUAGAGCCCAUUUUAAAAGAAAACAAGAUUAAUGGGAACUGGCUAGGUUUGAUGUUUUUGGCCUAAUUCCAAAGCAUGGAUGAGUGUUCUAGGUAGGAAAGAAACCCUUUUCUUAUGAUUUGUAGCUACCUACUGUGCCUGACUUGGUGCCUGUGUGAGGAUUAAGCCCUUAGUCUGCUCUUGCAAUUACUCAAAUGACUAAAGUUUAAAAUUUUUGUUUUGUAACAAUAAAAACUGUCAUCUUUCCUUUUGAUGUGCUUGUCUGUUUAUAAUCACAUUGCUGUACUCUGUGUUACUUUGUAAUAUUUUUGUAUCAGGUAUUGGAAAUAUCUAACAGUCUUGUUGGAUGGACCUAGCAGGCCAUCAGAGUUUAAAAUAUGUUUGCUUGGUGUGUGAGGCUUUUGUAUGGUUAUAAUGACCUUACAGAACAGAAACAACCCUCCAGGAAGGGUUAUGAGAGAUACUUAAUAAUAAAUAACAUCAUAGUGUCGUUUUCUAUGAACAGUAGAACUGGAGAGAUUAAUGAUUAUUCUGUCCAAGCUAUGAACGUCAAAAAUUUGGGAUUUUUAAUAAAGAUCAAGAGACCAAA